AUGUGGUUGAGCUUUGCAGGCGGGUUGGCAUUUGUUUUCAAGGAGCUUGAUCCCACCCACGUCCUGGUGGCCCCUGCCCGGCUUUGGGCCCGCUCGGCAGCAAGGGCUGAGCAAGCCUUCAGUCGUGGCUUUCAUUAUGUAGGCAAGCUGUGUGCAAGACAUCCGUUGAAAUGCCUCUUCGUAUCCAUCUUAUUCUGCCUGGCGUUUGGCGCCGGAUUUACUCAGUUUGAUAAUGAGAGUGGGAGUCGAGCUCUGUGGGUGGACCAACACUCACAGCAGAUGAAGAAUCUCGAGUCUGUCGAAAAUCUCUUUUCAAACCCCGUUGGCAGCGAGGGUGGAGGCGAACGGCUUAUUGUAACUGCGAAGUAUGGUGGCAAUAUUUUGGACUAUGACACAUUCCUCGAUGUCUGGAGGGUUGUUGAUGACGUCCGUACUUUGGAGUUCAAGGGAGACGAUGGUGCGCAAGAGAGCUAUCCUUUCGUUUGUCACAGGGGAGGCAACGGCAACUGCAUUAUUGACGGCGUGCCGCGAUACUUUGCAACGCGGCCGCUUACACAAGAAGACAUCCUGCGUGCCGUAAACCAGCCACAGUUUGCGGAUGGCAUGCCGACCUAUGCCGAGGACAGCUUGGGAGGCAUCCAAAAGGAUAGCAACGGCCAGAUCGUGGGAGCUUCUGCGGUCCGAGUCAUCUUCUAUGCCUGGUGGUCCGACGGAUUUCGUCAGGCGUGGAUGGAUCACUUCGUGGAGAACUUCAAAACGAAGCAGAAAUACGAACGGGUUAACGUUUUUCUGCAGUCCGAAAAUUCCUUCGAUGACGAACUCAAUCGCACUGUAAGUGCAGAUAUCCCGCUGUUCGCCUCGGCCUUUGUGCUGAUGCGACUUGGCUUGUACGAGCAGUCUUUCCAGUCUUCUCCUGCGGAAGUCUACUUUCUGUGCUGUUUUCAUUGGGAAGCCAUGCAGCUGGACGGCGAGCAGACGUCUAUUGGGACGCUUGGGUGGCAUAUGGGGCGACACUCCGGGUCCGGGUCGAGCCUAGAAGGUGUGUCCGACGUCUUCCUCGUGCUUGUAGCCUGCGUCGGCGGCUUCGGAAGUACCCUGUUUCUUGGUGUACCGUUCACCGUCCUGACGCAGAUUCUGCCCUUCAUCUUGGUGGGCAUUGGUAUCGAUGAUGCCUUUGUUAUUGUCAAUGCCUUUGAUAAAACGGACGCCUCUUUGGACAUUCCUGAGCGUGUCGGGCAAGCAAUGGGGCGAGUGGGUGUGUCUAUUACCCUCACAUCGCUCACGGACAUCGUUGCGUUUCUUCUUGGAGCCACUUGUGUCUUCCCGGCGAUACAGUUCUUCUGCUACUAUGCGGCUGUCUCUUGCUGUUUCGUCUGGCUGGUGCACUGCACUGCCUUCUGUGCCAUGCUGUCUCUGGACGCUGCGCGCGCCAAGAGGCAGCUCCUGGAUCCGCUUUUCUGUGUGCCGGCAACGUCCUCCUGCCUUCCAGCCGAGCCGACGGACUCCGCGAAGACGGUGACACUCCUUUCAAGGAUUCUGGGGCGCAUUGUCCGCUUCUGUGUCCGUUCUACAUUAUCCAAGUUUCUCACGGUCUCUGUGUUUCUCGGCGUUGCUGGCAUCUCCCUCUGGCAAGUCAGCCUCGGCAUAGGAACGGAUUUCAAGCUCAUUGAUCUGACGCCGGACGGGAGCUACUUGAGCGAUUACUACACGCAGGAGGAGCGGUAUUUCGGUGGGAUCGCAAUUGGGCUGGCCGUGCCAGCAUCUUACUAUGUCAAAGGUCUCAACUUCAGCUCGCUAGAGGUCCAGCGGAAUCUCGAGCUCAUCGGUGCAGAGAUGCUGGCAAUGCGCAUGGUCAACGAAGAUCGGGGCCUCAGAAGUUGGCACACCAUCUUCAGCCUGUGGGCUUGGCAGAACCGUGGCAGCUUGCAUGUCUUGCCGCUGACGGCCUUCGAAGAAGUGCCCGGUGGGGCGUCCCGGCCCGGGUGCCGAGCGGGCCUUCCACCAAAUGUGAACGACUGUGUCACUCACUUCCUCACAGGGCCAACCUUUCAAGAUGCCGUGUUAACCUUCCUCCAAGAGGAACAGUUCGGCGACUUCUACGGGGAUCUGCACUUUUCUUACAUAUAUGCCGAUGGAUCCCGUAGACCAGAUGCCCGAGACUCUGCAGAGUACGGCUACACUGCCGGCGACGUUGUUGCUCCUUCAUAUGGCGGAGGCGGAGGCUCCUAUGUCCUGGACAUUGCAAGGCUGAUGGUUCGACACGUGGAUACCGCCAACAGCGUCGAGCAAGUCGAGGCCCUGCGGGAGGCCGAGGAGCUUGCCAGUCGAUGGCAAAGUGCACUUCCAGGCAGCUUCAUGAACUCUUUCUCGUAUAUCUUCUACGACCAGUUCCGCAUCAUUGUAUCACAGAUGACCACCAGCGUUGCACUUUGUCUGCUAGCUGUAACGAUCAUUAGCACUCUCGUCUUGGCACACCCUCUCUUGGUGAUGUCCGUCGUGCUCGUUCUGGCUCUGGUGUUCGUAAACCUGCUGGGCAACAUUAUACUCUGGGACCUGGAUCUGAAUACGAUCAGCAUGAUCAACCUUGUUAUGGCUGUGGGUCUGGUGGUAGACUACAGCAUGCAUGUCGCCCACAAUUUCAGCCUUCAAGACGACAAGCUUGACAGGGCCGAACGUGCGGCACGCGCCGUGGAAGAGAUUGGCCCAGCUAUCUUUCUCGGCAUUAGCACGACUUUCGUUGCCAUGAUCCCUUUGGCUUUCUCUUCAAGCCAAGCGUUUCGAGUCUUCUUCAAGAUGUUCGUGGGCAUCGUCGUGGCUGGUGGCAGCCAUGGGCUGGUGUUCCUCCCAGUCUGUCUCUCGCUGGUGGGACCAGGUGGCACGGCAGAGCCCGAGAUGAAAAUCCAGCCGGAAAGUUCUGCCAAGAGCCUGGAAACGGAGCCGAUUUCCAACGUAAUCGGUGGAAACGAGAGCAAUGCGCCCGGGACCACGUUGCCGGAUGAGUAUGAAGGAUUUUGGCGAUUCGGUCUGAUACUGGUACCAGCCUUCUGUAAAUCCAGCGCCAGGCAUUCCGUGGGUGCCUUUGACAAGACAUACCUCCAGCUGGAUGGUGACGAGCGGGACGACUUCACCUGGGCCGCCCUUGGGCGCUUGCGUUCCUUCAAUGUCAAAGGUGUCCAGACGGGCCUGAGAUACUCGUGCCUCGCCGUCCAGAAGAGCUUCUCAAGCUUGGAGGGAUCGGCCUUGGAGGCGCACAUGAAGGUCCUUUGCCGGAUUUCGCAUCCUCACCUCUGCAAGGUCAUCGAAUGCUUCGAGGAGGACGAGGAGCGACUGGUGAUCUGUGAGAAGCCUUCGAAGGAGAGGCUCGUCACUGGUGAGACUGGCGAGCCUUGGGGUCUUGAUGAGACGUCGGUGGCCGAGUCUGUGACUGGUGCAGAUUCGCGGAAGAGUGAACGCAUUGUUGCGGAGAUGAUGCGACAGAUUCUGUCUGCCCUUGCACAUGGGCAUGCGAGAGGAUGCGUGCACGCGAUGAUUACACCGGACAAGAUCCGGGUGAUGCAGCCGUCGUCGAAAAGCCAAUCUUCGAAGAUUCCCCAGCUCAAGGUCAUUGGCUUCGGCCUCGCAUAUGCCUUGCUGCCUCCACUGGGCAUCUUCUUACAGAAAGACCUCGUGAAGAAGGAUCGCGACGUCGCUGCGAUGACAGGCCUCCCCUACACUGCUAUGGAAUCCAUGCUGUCCAAAGAAGUCUACCUGAACAACAUCCGAAGCCUCCAUGACUCAGGACCGGCCCACGAGUCUGAAGCUGCAGCACAGGCCUCUCCUCGCAUCUCGGUGCUGGACGAGUCUGGGGCACGAACUUCCAGCAAUUCCGCACCCCGCUCCACAGAUCUGCACCUGAUCGAUGGGCAGCUCAUGGGACGCCAUCCUCCAGGUGCUGAUAAGGCCGACGUCUGGGCAGUCGGGGCAUUGGCCUACCGACUGCUGACCGGAGUCGCUCCGUUCCUGCCGAACCUGAGCACCAAGCGAAGGGAGAAGAAAGAGGAUCUCCUGAACUUCAUGCAGGAGGAGCCCAUCAAGUUUCUCAAGUCGGACUGGGCGAACCGCUCCUCAAAGUGCCUGGAUGCUGUUCGAUGCAUGUUGCGCGUGACACCCUCGCUGCGUCCCAGCGCUGCUGAUCUUCUUCGUCACCCUUGGUUGAAGCUCGGCCGCGAGCCGGUGCCGUAUGUUCGGGUUCAUCGGCUGUUCGCGAACGGGUUGAACUACCUGAAGGAGACUCAGUUCAAGAAGUUGGUCAUCCGCGUCAUUGCCGAGCAGAUGCCAGAAACCGGGCCCCACAUGCAGCAGGCUCAAAGCGUCUUUCGAGCUCUGGACAGAGACCGCGACUGCUUGUUGAGCCCGGCAGAGUUUCUCGAGGGGCUACGCCUCUUCCCAGACUUGAUGGAACGCCUUGGUGAGGAUCCAGAGAAGCUUUUCGAGGCCGCUGACCGCGAUGGCUCGGGGCCGCCUCCCCAGACCAUGCUGUACUAUAUAUAA